AAUCUUAUCUCUCGCCCCCUCUCUCUCUCUCUAUCAGCCCCCUUCUUUUUCUCUCUCUAUCUUCUCUCAGCAUCUCUCUCUCCCUCUUUCUCUCUGACAUUCUCUUUCACUGUCUCCCAAAGUUCAACUCUUUCUCUCUCCCUGUCACUGAAUUUCUGCUUUUUCUGGGUGAAAAAACUCAUAUUCAUUUCCCCUGCAACUAAGACACUUUUUGAAUCGCUUCAAAUAGCAGACGUCUCUCCCAUGGUGAUCGCUCACCCCUCUACAGAUUUCCUCUUCUAGGGUUUCUUUUCGCCUUCUUCAUCUCAAUCCAUGGCCAACGACUAUUCCGAGAAGCAGAGGCGGCUUCAGAGGCUGCGAUGCUCCGUCCAGAACUACGAGUGGGGCAGAAUCGGCCGCGAAUCGCAGGCCGCGAGGCUCUACUCGCUGAACUAUCCCGCCGCCGCCGUCGAACCGGACGAGCCUUAUGCCGAGUUCUGGAUGGGCACCCACGAGUCCGGGCCUUCCUUUGUACUUGCGGACCGCGACAGCAAUGGCGUCUCCGUUGGUACCGAGUGUGCGACUCUUAAGUCGUGGAUUUCGCAGAACCCCGAUGUGCUUGGGGAGAAGGUUCUGAAGAAGUGGGGUGGUGAUCUUCCUUUCUUGUUCAAGGUACUUUCAGUCGCAAAAGCUUUGUCAAUACAGGCUCAUCCCGAUAAGGAAUUAGCAAGAGUUUUGCAUAAGUCGCUACCAAAUAUUUAUAAAGAUGAUAAUCACAAGCCUGAGAUGGCUUUGGCAUUAACAUAUUUUGAAGCCCUAUGUGGAUUUGUGAGCCUCGAGGAACUUAAGGCUGUGCUUCAAAAUGUUCCUGAGAUUGUAGAUUUAGUUGGGACUGCAGAUGCAAAUCAAGUUUUACUUGUUAAUGAGCAAGAUGGGAAGGACAAAGUAAAAGCUGUUCUACAAUCUAUCUUUACACAACUCAUGUCGGCUAGAAAAGAUGUGAUUUCUGAAGCAGUUUCAAAGCUGAAAAGUCGUUUGAGCAUGGAGAAAAAGUUAAGACAGUUAACUGAUAAGGAACAAUUGGUGUUGCGGCUGGAAAAGCAGUAUCCUGCUGAUGUGGGUGUCAUAUCAGCCUUCUUUUUGAACUAUGUGAAGCUUAAUGCUGGUGAAGCUUUGUAUCUAGGAGCAAAUGAACCUCAUGCAUAUGUAAAUGGUGAUUGUGUUGAAUGCAUGGCAACUUCUGACAAUGUUGUGCGUGCUGGCCUUACUCCAAAGCACCGAGACGUUCCAACUCUCUGCUCCAUGCUGACAUAUAAACAGGGAUUUCCCGAAAUCCUGCGAGGAGUACCUCUAAAUGCAUACAUCAGGAGGUACCUCCCCCCUUUCGAUGAAUUUGAGGUUGAUCGUUGCAUUCUUCCUCAAGGGGCUGCUACUGUUUUCCCAGCCUUUCCAGGCCCCUCCAUUUUUCUGAUCACAGUUGGUCGUGGUAUAAUGCAUACAAUUGCUUCAGAAUACGUAGUUAGCGAGGGUGAUGUCUUAUUUGCACCCGCCAAUAUUGAGAUUAGGGUAGUAGCAUCUGCAUCAGAGUUGCAGCUGUACAGAGCUGGAGUGAAUAGCAACUUUUUUGAGCCUUCACAGUGAAAUGCAGCAGGUUACUUCAGCUUUAGGACGAGUGAAUAAUUGCUUAUUUUACACGGUUCCCAUGUCAUGCCUGCCACUGUUUAUGGAUCUUUUAUAUUUUAUGUAUUUUAAUGUAACAUCAGUACUGACAUUGUAAACGGACUGGUGAUGAUAUAUUGUAAGAUUCAUAAGAAUGAGAGUUGCCCUGUUCUGGAAGAAUAAAUGUCUCAGUUUUCCA